ACUCCUGCAUUUAGCCAUCAUCCAUGAAGAUGAACACUUCGCUCACCAAUUGAUACAGCUGUUCCCCAAAGAUGUCUUAGACAUUCAGAACAACUUGUACCAGACGCCGCUACACCUAGCCACCUACCUGAACCUUUCGUCGGUGGUGCGGGACCUGGUGGAGAGCGGGGCCAGCCUGGAGCUGCAGGACCAGGAGGGGAACACGCCACUCCACAUGGCCUGUGAACAGGGCUGGGUCGAGUGCGCUACUGAGAUGAUCCGGAAUGUCUCCUCCACCAAGCUGACCCCUGUGCUCGAGUCCCAGAACUGGAGAGGUCUUACCUCUCUCCACCUAGCCACUGUGAACAGGCAGCAUCGUCUGAUGAAGCUACUGAUGAAAAAAGGGGCAGACCUCAACAUCCAGGAAGGUACGAGCGGUAAAACACCUCUCCAUAUGGCAGUGGAGCUCCAUGACAUUGUCUCGAUGAUGCUGCUAUUGAACAAGGGAGCUGAUGUGGACGUGCCGAUGUUUAACGGCUGCACACCACUUCACCUCGCCGUUGGCCGGCAGGACGCAGCCAUCGCCAACCUGCUCUGCCAAUCCGGGGCUGAUAAGAUGCUGAGGAACAUAGAGGAUGAGACGGCACUGGAUCUAGCUGGCGGCAAUGAUGAUAUCCUUGCUCUUUUCCCUUUUGAUGACAUCCAAAUCCAGGGCAGGUCAGUGGUUAGAGUACCAUUCUGACCGUGUACUUCUCUCACCACCUGAAUACUCUACAACAGGUGACAUUUGACCUCUUGAACAUCAUCAUGGAGCCUUGUCAGAAAAGUGUAGCUUUACAUCAAUCAUGUUUGUAAUUUGCUGUUUUAAAUUUGAUUUUUAAUUUACAUAAAUCUUUGCUGUAGGGUUAUUUAUCGUGUGUGUGUGUGUGUGUGUGUGUGUGUGUGUGUGUGUGUGAACUCUUUAGACACUCACGUUGAAAAGUUAAUCUCUGCUAGCAAAGUGGUACAAGGGUGUCUGUCAUAUAAUUUGAUGGUUGAUAACUGUUUUCAAAUGCAGGAAAAUCUAAUGUAGACUUAAAUGAAACAUUUUCUCAUACAAGGUAACUGAUUUACUACCAAAACCUAGUGUAUGAAUAUGAGCAGAAAUAAUUAAAUUAAAAUGUUUAAUUUCCCUAUAAAGUACACAGGGAAUCUACCUCCUUUAUCACGUGUGUAAAAUAACUGAUUAUAGUGGGAAAUGUAGUUUCAACACAGAAAAUACAUUGCUGUCAUGCUAUAAAUUAACAUUGUUUCAGCUUGAAAAUGUUUUUCAAUUAUACUUUAGUCACUAAAUCUGUUAUGGAGAGAAGUUCUUCAUCAUAAUUUAAUAUCUUUCAUUGUAUGUUUCAGUUCUCGGUUUCUGCUUUGAAUGCAUUUUCUUUCCGCUAUUGGUAAGACAUGAUCCUUGUUAUGGUGUACUGAGUCAGACUGGCUUGUUUAGAUGUUUUGCCUACACUUUCAAACUCUUAUAUUUUGUAAUAAAAUAAAUAAGAUUAUAGCUUCA